ACAAAAGAAUCUAUAUAUCUAUGAAUUUAUAUGCGUAUCACUGUGAACCGAGAGAAUCAAGAAGAAAUUUCUAUCAUCAGGGCUGGUCUCUGAUUGCGUGGUGGCAUACAAUAUCUUAAAUAUUUCCUUUGAUCUUCUACGUCAAGAGGACAAAGACUACGUGCCCAUUUUGUAUUUUUGUUUUCCUGUUGCUGCUUCCCAUCCGUCUCAGUUUCAGCUUUUUUUUUUUUUUUUUUUUUUCCUUUCUCUCUCUACAUCCACGAGGAAUAAAGCAGAGAGCAGCCGGAUUUGACCAAAAAGAGAGAAACUAAAAACACGAAAAAAAAAAAGGGGAAAAAACCUGUACAAAUUCCUGUGAUCGGUGUUAUUUCCUUCGGCGUUAGCGAUCGCAGCGUGCCGCGCGAGAUCCGAGGAGGCGGCAGAGACCGAGUGCCACGCCGCUCAUCCCAGCGUCAGCCCAACCAGCACAGCCAGCAUGCACAAACACCACCACUGCUGCAAGUGCCCAGAAUGUUAUGAGGUGACCCGUAUGGCUGCUCUGCGCAGGAUGGAUGCCCCGGCGUACGGGGGAGACUGGCAGGCCGAGCCCUAUGGAUACCCACCUGGGUAUGGGGGAGGCCAGACCUUGCCCCCUCCAGCCUCAGGAGGGGGUGGAAGCAUGGGAGGAGGAGGAGGAGGCGGCGGUGGAGGUGGUGGAGGAGGAGGAGGAGGUGGCACUUUGGGGAGAAGUAAGGGCAAGAUUAUGUCUGGUGGAGGCCCUGGAGGCCCCAACCCAAAGGGCCAGUCCAAAGGUGGCCCCAAAGUAAACGGCAACAACUCCAGUGGACAAGGAGGAUGGUGGCCUGAGUGCACCUGCACCAACCGGGAGUGGUAUGACCAGGCCAACCCUCCCCCCAUCAUUGUGAACGCAGACUCGAUGGAUGCGGGCCCUUAUGUCAAUGGAAGCGAUGGGAUGUACAAAUAUGAGGAAAUCAUUUUAGAGAGGGGGAACUCUGGCCUGGGCUUCAGCAUCGCUGGAGGAAUAGACAAUCCCCACAUUCCUGAUGAUCCGGGGAUUUUCAUCACCAAGAUAAUCCCUGGAGGCGCAGCUGCUAUGGAUGGACGGCUGGGGGUUAACGACUGCGUGCUGCGCGUGAACGACGUGGACGUCUCUGAGGUGGUUCACAGCCGGGCGGUGGAAGCCCUUAAGGAGGCGGGGCCCGUGGUGCGGCUGCUGGUCCGACGGAGGCAGGCCCCCCCGGAGACCAUCCUGGAGGUUAACCUGCUCAAAGGGCCCAAAGGACUGGGAUUCAGUAUUGCUGGAGGAAUUGGGAACCAGCAUAUUCCUGGAGACAACAGCAUUUAUAUUACCAAGAUCAUAGAAGGAGGAGCUGCCCAGAAAGAUGGACGAUUGCAAACUGGAGACCGACUGCUAGCUGUGAACAACAUCGUGCUGCAGGAUGUGCGUCAUGAGGAGGCGGUAGCUGCGCUGAAGAACACCUCGGAUAUGGUUUACCUCAAGGUGGCCAAGCCAGGACCCGUGCACCUGAACGACAUGUACGCCCCUCCAGACUACUCUAGCAGCCUGGCCCUCCCUCCAGCCUUCCCCACCAUGGUAGACAACCACGUCAGCCACAAUUACAUGGGGGCAAUGGAGUCAAAGCCAGUGUACCCGCCGCCCCAGGUCACCCCGUCAAGGUACUCGCCCGUCCCCCGCCCCAUGCUCGGGGAGGAAGACUUCACGAGGGAGCCGAGGAAGGUGGUGUUGCACAAGGGCUCCACCGGACUGGGCUUCAACAUCGUCGGCGGGGAGGAUGGAGAGGGGAUUUUUGUCUCCUUCAUCUUGGCUGGUGGGCCGGCUGACCUGAGCGGCGAGCUGCGGCGGGGUGACCGUAUCCUAUCGGUGAAUGGAGUGAACCUUAGGAACGCCACUCAUGAGCAGGCGGCUGCGGCCCUGAAGAGAGCUGGACAGACUGUCACCAUCAUUGCUCAGUACAGGCCUGAAGAGUACAGUCGCUUCGAGUCAAAGAUCCACGACCUGAGGGAGCAGAUGAUGAACAGCAGCAUGAGCUCAGGAUCAGGCUCCCUGCGCACCAGCGAGAAGCGCUCCCUCUAUGUCAGAGCUCUUUUUGACUAUGAUCGAACACGAGACAGCUGCCUGCCCAGCCAAGGCCUGAGUUUCUCUUAUGGGGAUAUCCUUCAUGUCAUAAAUGCUUCUGAUGAUGAGUGGUGGCAGGCGAGGCUCGUCACUCCGCACGGAGAGAGCGAGCAGAUCGGGGUCAUUCCCAGCAAGAAAAGAGUGGAAAAGAAGGAGCGGGCCAGAUUAAAAACGGUCAAGUUCCACGCCAGGACAGGCAUGAUUGAGUCCAACAGGCCAGUUAAAGUGAAGCGCAAAAAAAGCUUCAACCUCUCACGCAAGUUCCCGUUUUACAAGAGCAAGGAGAAUAUUGGGCAGGACUUAGUGGAGUCUGAACAAUGCCUGACGUCCAACACAAGCGACAGUGAAAGUAGUUCAAAGGGUCAGGAGGACACCAUCCUCUCCUAUGAGCCAGUCAUUCGGCAGGAAAUCCACUACACGAGGCCUGUGAUCAUCCUGGGCCCAAUGAAGGACCGAGUAAACGACGACCUCAUCUCCGAGUUCCCCCACAAGUUUGGCUCCUGCGUUCCCCAUACGACCCGUCCGAGGCGAGAGAACGAGAUCGACGGCCAGGACUACCACUUUGUGGGCUCGCGGGAGCAAAUGGAGAAAGACAUCCAGGAUAAUAAGUUCAUCGAGGCUGGCCAGUUUAACGAGAACCUCUACGGCACGAGCAUCUUGUCUGUCAGAACUGUGGCGGAGCGGGGGAAACACUGCAUUCUGGACGUGUCUGGGAACGCCAUAAAACGGCUGCAGCAAGCACAACUUUAUCCGAUCGCCAUCUUUAUAAAACCAAAAUCCAUCGAAGCUCUAAUGGAAAUGAACAAGAGGCAGACGUACGAGCAGGCCAAUAAAAUCUUUGACAAGGCAGUAAAGCUGGAGCAGGACUUUGGAGAGUUUUUCACAGCUAUCGUCCAGGGAGACUCGCUAGAGGAGAUCUACGAGAGAAUCAAGCUAAUCAUCGAGGAGCAGUCCGGGCCCUACAUCUGGAUUCCCUCCCCAGAGAAGCUCUGAGCUGCCGGCCGUCCGACCCGCAUCGGCGCGGAGCUCCCCUCCUGCCUCCCAGAGACCCCCCCACCCACCAACCAACCCACGUCCACGCGCCAACCCCUCCCCCUCCCCCAACCCCUCUCUCUCCUCACCUCCUUUUUGCAGAUAUGUUUCAUAUCCAGUUUUAGUGUCAUCAUUAUGUUACUCUCUAAAUGAAAAAGAAGUCUUUAUCACCAUUACUGUGACUGUGCACACACCCCCUGCAUGAGUUUCUCAACAAAAACCAUUCAAGACUGGAGUUGCCAUUUUUCCCCCCCACCCCCCCGAGGAGUUUGUCAGACGAGAGCAAAAAAAAAAAAAAAAAAAAAAAAAAGGGAAAAAGGAGUGACUUCCUUUUUGUGGACUUGGACUUGCCUGAAGAUCGGCGGUGUUGUGCAGAAAUCAGGGAGGAGGAGUUAGUGAUUCAAAAAGAAGAAAUAUAGACAAAUCAUACCAAGUUGGAACACUUUGUAAAUGUUCAUCAGAUCACAUUUAAAAAGACACGAGAGAGGCUGAAGAACAAUUAGGGUUUUGUUUUUAGUUUUUUUUUUGUUUUUUUUUAUAUAAACGGACCGGAUCAAUUUGAGCCCUGCUGAUGGUACUGUUGGAGGAGUCGUCUCUCUCUCUCUCUCUCUUUCUCUCUCUCCUGUUUAUACCGACGGAGGGAAUUAGCGGAGGAGCCUGUAGAGGAAAAAAAAAAUAAACUGGUGAUCUAUUUAUCACAGAGCCGCCCGCUGUUUGGUCGCCUGCCGGUGGCGGAUCAAGAAAGAAGAAACGUGUUGUGAAUCUCUUACAUUUAUAUUAUAAGAUCACAAGAUAAAUCAUAAGUCCUUCUGAGAUUUUACAGCGUAUUGAAAAAACUUCACAUUUUACACUUCAUUAGAGCUGUCGUUUUUUGGAGGGAUGUUAGAUUUUUUUUCUUGUUUUUUUUUGUUUCUCCUUUUGUUCUUGUGGGAUUUUUUAUUUUUUUUUAUUUGAUUUUAUUUUCUUGGCUUGUGGUUUUUAGCUGCUCUGUAAAGGAUGGGGGUAGAGAAGUGUAACCGGGCUCUCUGCAAAACACCAAACUGCCUUACAUCUAAUACAAAAUUUCUUAUUUUGUGACUGCCUGUUGUCUGUGAGGGGAGGCUGAGGGCGACAUCCUUUUACCCGCGGUGCCCUCCGAGCGUCAGGAGGUCAGACAUUAAGUGCAAUAGAUAGAAAAAAAAAAUCCAGUCCUGCCUCCGUCGGCUCCUUUUUACUCCUCGUUUUUCGAUCCCCUCCUUCUGUGUAAUCGAACAAUCUGGCUUCAAACAAUCUGGACAGGUAGAGCCUCCCGACUUCUGUUGAGCAGUAGACGACCCCCUUACACUCUCUGCCUUCCAAGAGGAUUCACUUCUGAUUGGUCUGAUUGGUCACAUGGUACUGUCCGCUGUGGCGGCCGUAAAAACGGGUAGAACAAGACAAUAACUGUAUUGGAUGUUCUAACGAUUAAAGAGUCAGUAUAACCUGUUCUGAAUUGUUCCCCCCCCCCCUCUAACCAAAAAAAAAAAA